AGGAUGGGUCGGUGAAGUAUGCCUCCAGAGCUGCGUUGAGUCAAGCCCUUGUCCGGGAACCUCCCACAUGCCGGUGCCGCACUGUCAGAGCCACUGCAUCCAAGUCCAGGUCCAGCGAUGCAUCUGGUACCUCCAACCCAGCGACUCCAUCGUGAGCAUAGCAACACGCUUCAAGACAAACUGGCUGCAGAUCUGGAGCCUAAACCCUCAUGUUCGGGACCCUAGUGCGAUCCAGCAGGUAGGCGAGAACGGGAUCUCCCGCACAGCCAACGUUGGGCACUUGUACCGGCCCCAGUGGCAAGAGACACUCUACGGCAUCGCGUCCGCCUUCAAGAUCCCAGCUGACCGCAUCCUCGACAUGAACUCUGACCUCAACUUCACGCUGACGGCUCGCCUUGGAUACUUCGAGAUGACAGAGCCGCUGCCGCCCAUGGACAUAUGUAUUUUACCGGAUUCUUGCAACCUUUGAUGACUCCAAGAGGAUGCAAACCCCAGUCUCUUGACUCGUGGAGCUGAGCACUCAAGAACGUUGGGCUAGAACUUCAAGUCCAUGGAUGACAGACCAGGCUUCACGGUCGGAGAUGAGAGCUCCAAUGUGUAAACCUUCACCCGGAACCCGGAGGAGAGAAGCAGCUGGAAGAAUCCUCGACCCAGCGCACUUUCAACCAGAACUGUAAUAUACUUGUUGUAUGGAGGGAUGCUUGUGAUAUACCUUAAACAUGACCGUCAGAAG